UUUUUUGGAUUUUGUUUAAUAUUGAAACCAUUUUGCGACUUAAUUAAUAAAAAUCCAGAUAAAAUACAAUCUGACAUUUUUUGCAACUCAAAAAAAUCUUUAAUUACAAUUUUUCUUAAAAUAUCUUCACAUUCUCAGCUAUUUCUUAUGUUUCUCAAGCACUUUACAUAGGACACUUUUAAAUAAACUUAUUUGUGGAAUGUUUAAUAGGUGAAUAACUAGGGAAUUAAUAAAAUUAAGAAAAAUCAAAAUAUAUUUGCUGUGCAAUUAAGGUGAAUGAAAAAUUGUGAAAAAUUCAAAAAAUAAACAUCCGUUAUUUGAGAUUUUAGAAGUAUUUUGAAAAUUCAUUAUUUCAUGCACUAAACUGCUCACGUGGCAUUCUUAUUAGACUUUUAAUAUUUUAAAUUUACAUAAAUUAGACUUAAAUUAACAUCCAGUAAGAUAAUAGAAGAUCCAUUAAGAAAUUGAAAAGGUGUGACGUCACUUUUUUAGAGCAUCCAAUAACUCGGCAUUCACAUACAGUUUUCCAUUUUCCAUCGUCCUUUUUCAUUCGGGUAUCUAAUAUAAACACAGAAUUCCAAUAAAUGAUAAUAAAAACUGAAAAAGAUAGCAAAUAAGGCAUGAGAAGUUGCCAGACAGAAAUGUGUUAAAUUAAAUAAGUUAAGUUCCAUGUAUAUAGGAUAACAAUGAGAAUAAGGAUAUCAAGAUUUGCGACAGUAGCUAUAGUGAUUCUUAAUUUUUUACUUUUCCUAAUUUCAUGGAAAUAUUUUAUAACUUCUGAAACUGAUAUACAAAAGUUUACGUCCAAACCGAAAAUUAAUGAGUCUAAGUCCUUUACUACGAUUAAGAAUAACAAUAGAUUGCAUGAAUUAAAGAAGUUUCUGCAAAAAUCACUUACAGUUAUUUUAAGAGAUUUUUAUCAUUUUGACAAUGAUUUAAAAAGUGGAAUUGAUCAUCUCCUGAACAUCAUACCGAACCUAAGAAUUUUAAUAAUAAGUGAUCAACAAGCAUACCCGCCAAUAAGCAUUUUUAGACCGAUUCAGUCAACACCCAACCAAACAACAAAUCCAUCGAUUCUUAUUUAUAAAGAUAAUGUACAAUUUGUUCCAUUAAAUUUGGAUCUUACGAAGAAAGCUAGUGAAAAUAAUCCUCUCAAUUACAUUCAAACAAAAUAUGUGCUCUUUCUACCCGAUAAUUAUAAAUUAUCAAAUGCUCGACAUCUCUUUCAACGCUUAAUUAGAAAUAUCGAUGAUGAUUAUAAUGCCAAAUAUAGCAAGAAUCCUAGGAAAAUUCUAGUCGUUCCAUUUACGUCUAAUCAAAAAUUAAUAAAUUAUUGCUUCCAACUAAACUUCGAUAUUCCAAAUUGGACAAUUGAAUAUCUGGUGAAAACCAACAAAACUUUAGAUUGUGACAUGUAUACACAAAAACACGGAAUGCUCAUGGAAACUUUUUUGCUUCAUGAUUUUUUGGAACCCUUCCAAUCACCAUUUCCCGAGUAUUUUUAUUUACAAGCAAAACUUGCUGACAUAAAGCUGGUGUAUUCGAAUGAGUCCUUAUCGGAAGGAGGGAAAAAGCUGUUGAUGUCAUCAUAUCAUAGUCGAACGAAGAGAAAGAACAUCAAAAGGGAGCAAUUUAAAGCAUUGUACAAGAAGUUGCAGAUGAAAAAGGUUGUUAAAAAGUAUCAUUAUAUUCCAGAAGAUAAAACAGCUAGUCUAAAGAAUUUAAAGAAGAAUCGAAAUAAAGGAAAUAAGCAGCAAGAGAAAAAUUCAAAAGGAAAUGCCCUUAAAAAUGGCAAGGAUGGGAACAUAAUUGACGUUUUAAUUGAACAAUUGGAAAUACCAACUUCAAUUUUGACUAAUUAUUCUGCACAAGUACAAAUGAAAACUGACAUAAGUUAUUUUGGAUGUGAGAAGAAUACGAAAAGUUGCAUCGGUCAGGUCUAUAAUGAGAAGCCAUUCUACCUUUAUAUCAGUCGUAGGACACCGCCUUGUUGUUUAGAAAAGUUAAAGACAAUUUUCCAAUAUCUUAUUGAGGAACUUGAAACUACAGGCGUACGUUACUGGCUCGAUAAUGCUGCUUUGAAAAAUGCAAUUGAAUUAAAUGACUUAUCAAGUGACGCUUAUGAAAUUGACAUUAGUUUCAAUAUCAAUGACUAUAAUCGAUCAACAGCUAUAAGGAGGUGCUAUGAUUCUCGUCCGUUCACCGAUCUUUCUGGUUUUUAUUGGAUUAAAGCCACUGAUGGUCAUUAUCUUAAGGUUCAGUUUUCCAAAACUAAUGAUAUCCAUGUUAACUUAUUACCUUUUGAAAUUCGUGGAGAUAAAAUGGUUCCAAAAGGCUUUUAUGGCAUUAAAGCUAAAUCUUUCUCAAUCGAGUACAUUCAUCCAAUGUCUUCUGUUAGUUUUUUAAGUAAGACAGUCUUUACGCCGAACAAUGUUCGUAGCUAUUUAGUUGAUAAAGGAUGGGUUUAGAAUUAUUAAUUUGCUGUUGAUUUUUAACGAAUUUUUUACAUUUGAAAUUUUAAUUAAGGAAUUGUAUGGUUUUAGAACAUUUUGAAAUUUCAAAAACCGUUAAAUUAUGAUUCUCAUGACUAAACAUCAAGAUAAUAAAAAAACGUGGUAAUAAAACACUCAAAUAAACCACCAAAUAUCUAGUAAACUACUUACAAAUUAUUUUUUAUCCAUAAUUUUACCUACCACCAGCAUAUUGUUAUAAUAAGUUAUUUAUGAAAAUUUUUUACGGCAUAUGUAUAAAAAAUGUGUUGUUCAAAAAGAUAUUGUUCCUUUUAUGCUUUUCUAUUUUUAUAAUCAACAAAAAGUCUAAUAAUUUAUUUAUAAGUCUCAAAAAAUUGUUCUACAAUUCGUUUCUUUGUGAUUUAAAAAUAAGGAUCAAAAAUAUCUAUUCAAUAAUAAAAUUUGUGAAUCACUAUACAUGCUGCCUUUUUAUUUAAGGUAUAAGAAAAAUAGAUGCUUUCAGUGAAUUUAUAAUUAAUUUAAUUGGAUCCAACUUCAGUUUGUACGUCUUCUUGCGUUGCUUCAACUCCAUCGGGAAGUUCUCGAACAAGGGACAAUAAGCGAUCUAAUUUUGAGAUCUGUAAUUGUAACUGAUCUUGAUAUUGCUGCUUUUUUGUUGGUUUACAUGGAAGUCGAAGAUUUGGUGACAGUUUUAAAGUUAUGCUAGUUCCCUUGUCAUCUCCAACAAUAAUGAAUGGCAAUUUAUUGUUGAAAACAAUUCGUGUCAAUUUAUUUCGCUUUCGAGGAACGACUUGCUGUGAACAAAUUGGCUUGUACUUAUUGACAUUUAAAUCAAAUACAAAAACUCGUCCUUCUGUUGUGACAGCAGCAAAAACUGUUGAUGAAUAUGGUGCCCAUUUAACAUCACCAACACUAGCACCCAAGUCAAAAAUAAAUAAAGGAUCACUUCUCAUAUCUUCCCAAAUUUUUACACGCCAAUCACCGCUGCACGAAAUAAAGAUGUUUGAGUUGAAUUUAUUAAAAUCCAUUCUAUGAACUGACAAGUAGUGAGCCUGAUAUAUCAUCAAAUAUUUGGAACUAUAUGCUGUGCUGCAUUUAAAUAUUAAACCAUCUUCAGUUCCAACUUGAAAGAUUUCUUUGUUUGUAGGAUGAAAGACCAUGCAUGUUCCACUAGCUUUCAAUUUAAUUGUAGUGCCGUCGGGUCCACUGACAGGAUUAACGUCCAAAUACAAUGUUAUGAUCGUGGUUAAAGUCAAUUUAUUCUGCAUCAAGACCCAAUUAAAAACACGUCCAUCCGUGGAUAAUGAGUAAAAAUUUAUUUCUCCAUCUUGCAUGUCUUCGCCCCAUUUAACUUCCCAAAUAGCUUCUGAAUGCUUUCCAUUUACACCUUGCGAGACAUAAACGGGAUCUUUUCCAUCUUGUAAAUUAUACACGCAAACAUUUCCAUCAUACUGUCCGACAACAAUUAAAUAUGGAUAUUUCUUGUGAAUAUCACAGCACAUUGCUCCUGACUCGGUUGUUA